UAAUGAAGUCGAGGAGAGAGAGCGCGGAGGUAAACAGUGACGGUGACUGAUCAACAAGAGAGGAUGGCGCGGGGUACCAGUGCCGGGUUUGACCGUCAUAUUACUAUCUUCUCCCCCGAGGGAAGACUUUACCAAGUUGAAUAUGCAUUUAAGGCAAUCAACCAGGGAGGACUUACGUCAGUAAGCUGCAAGGGGGAAGACACAGCCGUAUGUGUUACUCAAAAGAAAGUGCCGGACAAGCUGCUGGACCCCAGCACAGUGACGCACAUGCAUCAGCUCACCAAGAAUGUUGGCUGCGUAAUGACUGGCAUGCAGCCUGACAGCAGGUACCAGGUAAUGGUCGCUCAGAGUGAAGCUAACAACUUCAAGUAUCGUUAUGGUUAUGACAUGCCCAUUAAUGUUCUGUGCCGACGUAUAGCCGACAUCAACCAAGUAUACACACAAAAUGCUGAAAUGCGCCCCUUGGGAUGCAGCAUGAUCUUGAUUGGCUAUGAUGAUGAGCUUGGCCCGUGCGUGUACAAGACUGACCCAGCUGGCUACUAUUGUGGUAAUCGAGCGUGCUCGGCUGGUGUCAAACAGACGGAAGCAAACAGCUUCUUGGAGAAAAAAUACCGAAAAAAGACAAAUUACACCCACGAUGAAACCAUCCAGCUGGCCAUUACUUGCCUCAUGACCGUCCUCUCGGCAGACUUUAAACCCACAGAGAUUGAAGUGGGAGUCGUAUCAAAAGAGGAACCUAAAUUUAGGGCCUUGACAGAACAAGAAAUUGACUUUCAUCUUAGUGCCAUAGCAGAGAGGGACUAAGAAACUAUUCCAUCACCACCAACUAGGUAUAUAAGCUCUUGGAAAUUGUCAAAAUAUGGUGAGCCUUUUUUCAUAACUGAAAUUACAUUGUUUUUUAUUACUAUGCCACAUUAAGGAAGUGAUGUUUACCAUAUAUAAAUAAUACACCUCAGUCUUUAAUUUGUAUUUGAAUAUUACCUAAUAAAGUUUGAUAACCAUG